AGCUCGGGUCCACAGCUCUAUGGGGAAAGCGGCCGCUCUGAGCCGAGGCGGCGGCUGCGCUGGCCGCUCCCGCGGGCUCUCGUCGCUGUUCACGGUUGUGCCCUGCUUGUCCUGCCACACGGCGGCGCCGGGCAUGAACUCAUCCGCGUUUGGCUCAGGGCCAGCGCCAAAGCCUCAGCUCCAGCCUGUGCAGGCACCAGAGCGGGAGUUGUUGUCGGAACAGGUGUACCAGCCAAUUUCUGAGCCGGCGUCGAGAUCCGAACCUGGGUCCCAGACGACGUCUGUGCCAAGGCCUCCAGGGGUUGGGCAGGAAUCGGAACUACAGGGCUUGUGGCCGGGGUCAGAGAACGGCACAAGGUCUGUGUCCAUCAUCAAAGCUUCGCCAGAGCUGCCAAUGCCGUCCCCGCUGCAGUCAACAGUAGGGAGUUUGCCCGUCGCCAAACCUGAGUCCAAGCUGGUGCCAAAGACCCAGGCUUUUCUGCGACAAGGACAGGCGAAGAUUUCUGUCGGGACUCCGGUGUCAGGGACUGGUAUCCAAAUGGUCUUACCACCUCCGGACAGCUACAAGGGUUGGCUCCUCAAGUGGACUAACUACCUGAAGGGCUACCAGCGCCGUUGGUUCGUGCUCGGCAAUGGCCUGCUGUCCUACUACAGAAACCAGGGUGAAAUGGCCCACACCUGCCGUGCGACCAUCAACCUGGCCUCCACACACUUUGAAACAGAGGACUCUUGUGGAAUCCUGCUAUGCAACGGGGCAAGGACCUACCACCUCAAGGCCAGCUCAGAGGUGGACCGGCAGCAUUGGAUCACCGCUCUGGAGCUGGCCAAGGCCAAGGCUAUCCGUGUGAUGAAAACUCAGUCAGAUGAUUCUGGGGACGACGACGAAGAGCCUGCUGCCCCAGCUGACAACAGUGAACUCCACCACACUCUUAAGACCCUCUCACUGAAGUUAAAUGACCUCAGCACAUGCAAUGACCUCAUUGCCAAGCAUGGCGCUGCCCUCCAGCGCUCCCUGAACGAGCUGGACAGCCUCAAGAUCCCAUCAGAGUGCGGGGAGAAACUGAAGGUUGUGAACGAGCGGGCCACCCUCUUCCGCAUCACAUCAAAUGCUAUGAUCAACGCCUGUAGGGACUUCCUGGAACUAGCUGAGACUCACAGCCGGAAAUGGCAGCGGGCUCUAAAUUAUGAGCAGGAGCAGCGUGUCCACCUGGAGGAGACAAUUGAGCAGUUGGCCAAGCAGCACAACAGUCUUGAACGGGCCUUCUGCAACACCCCUGGCGGGCCAGCCAGCUCCAGCAAGAGCUUCAGCGAGGGAAGCUUCUUGACUUCCAAAGGAGAGAACAGUGAAGAAGAUGAAGAUACUGAGUACUUUGACGCCAUGGAAGACUCUACAUCUUUCAUCACUGUAAUCACUGAGGCCAAGGAAGACAGAAAACCCGAGAGUGGACCUGGGACAACCACUGUGGACUGGACCUCAGCAGAUAAUGUAUGUGAGGUAUUAGAUGGUGCCUCAUUCAUGCCCAAGGAUUCAUGCAAAGUUAAGAGGCGAGUCCGCAUCCCUGACAAACCCAACUAUAGCCUUAACCUCUGGAGCAUCAUGAAGAAUUGUAUUGGCCGUGAGCUUUCCCGGAUCCCCAUGCCGGUGAACUUCAAUGAGCCCCUGUCCAUGCUCCAGCGACUUACAGAGGACCUGGAGUACCACCACCUGCUGGACAAGGCGGUGAACUGCACCAGCUCAGUGGAGCAGAUGUGCCUGGUAGCCGCCUUUUCUGUGUCCUCCUACUCCACCACGGUGCACCGCAUCGCCAAGCCCUUCAACCCUAUGCUCGGGGAGACCUUCGAGCUGGACCGUAUGGAGGACAUGGGCCUGCGUUCCCUCUGUGAGCAGGUAAGCCACCACCCCCCGUCUGCUGCCCACCACGUGUUCUCUAAGCAUGGCUGGAGCCUCUGGCAAGAAAUCACCAUCGCCAGCAAGUUCCGAGGGAAAUACAUCUCUAUCAUGCCACUCGGUGCCAUCCACCUAGAAUUCCAGGCCAGUGGCAAUCACUACGUGUGGAGGAAGAGCACCUCCACCGUGCACAACAUCAUCGUGGGCAAGCUCUGGAUUGACCAGUCAGGGGACAUUGAGAUUGUGAACCACAAGACCAAGGACCGGUGCCAGCUGAAGUUCGUGCCCUACAGCUACUUCUCCAAAGAGGCAGCCCGAAAGGUGACUGGAGUGGUGAGUGACAGCCAGGGCAAGGCCCACUAUGUGCUGUCAGGUUCGUGGGAUGACCAGAUGGAAUGUUCUAAGAUUGUGCACAGCAGCCCCAGCUCUGAUGGGAAGCAGAAAACCGUGUACCAGACACUGCCUGCCAAGCUGCUCUGGAGGAAAUACCCACUGCCGGAGAAUGCGGAGAACAUGUACUAUUUCUCGGAGCUAGCGCUGACCCUCAACGAGCAGGAGGAUGGCGUGGCGCCCACCGACAGCCGCCUGCGGCCAGACCAGCGGCUGAUGGAGAGGGGACGCUGGGAUGAGGCCAACACCGAGAAGCAACGGCUGGAGGAGAAGCAGCGCCUGUCCAGGCGACGGCGGCUGGAGUCAUGCACAGCGGGCUGCGGUGGGGAGGAAGAGAAGGAGUCAGAUGGCUAUGUGCCGCUCUGGUUCGAGAAGAGGCUGGACCCGCUGACUGGGGAGAUGGCCUGCAUGUACAAGGGCGGCUACUGGGAGGCCAAGGAGAAGAAGGACUGGCACAUGUGCCCCAACAUCUUCUGAGCCACUCCUGCGGCAAAUACAGGCGCCUGCACUGCC